UUGAGAGGUGGGAAAAAACAGCACCGACUUCUCCUUCGCCACCAAAGCCACAGAGACGCGCACCGGGGGCCCCCCAAAAAAUGGAGAAAUCUAAAAACUUUCGCAUUGACGCGCUUUUAGCAGUCGACACCCCCAAGGCGCAGACCUCUCCGCUCGCGCUCGUCACUUCCCUGUCCUCCUCCAUCCAGUCGUCCGCGGCCCCGGAGCUGACCGGCGUCGACUCCUUACGCACCGAGACGCCGUCUCCGCCGCGGAUCUCCAACUGCGGGCUGAUUCCCAAGCCGGGCUUCCUCAACAGUCCGCACGGCAUGGUUGGAUUACACCCGCAGAGCACCGCGGGGAUUCCCGCGCAGGCUCUCUACGGACACCCCAUGUACACCUACUCCGCGGCGGCGCUCACGGGCCAACACCCGGCGCUGUCCUACUCGUACCCACACGGCUCCCAUCACCACCACAGCGAUCCCAUCAAACUGACGGCCAGCACCUUCCAGCUGGACCACUGGCUCCGGGUGUCCACGGCCGGGAUGAUGCUCCCCAAGAUGUCCGACUUUAAUUCUCAGGCUCAGUCCAAUUUGCUUGGCAAGUGCAGAAGACCAAGAACCGCAUUCACAAGUCAGCAGCUGCUGGAGCUGGAACAUCAAUUCAAACUUAAUAAGUACCUGUCACGACCCAAGCGCUUCGAAGUGGCGACGUCCCUCAUGCUCACAGAAACUCAGGUCAAAAUCUGGUUCCAGAACAGACGCAUGAAGUGGAAGAGAAGCAAGAAGGCCAAGGAGCAGGCCGCGCAGGAGGCCGAGAAGCAGAAAGGCACCAAGGGCGCCCAGGAGAAAUCGGACGGACACGACCAGUCGGACUAUAAGAGCAAGACGGACUCAAAAAAUGGCAGAAUAAGAGACUUUAGAGACAGCGACGACGACGAGGGCGACAACUUCUUGUACAACUCGUCAGACAGCUCCUCGGACGACGAGAGGAAUCACACCAGCGACAUAAGUCCGCAGCCUUGAAGCCGAACCGGGGCGAAGGUGGCGAUCCCCAUUUGUAAUGAACUCGGCGGGGGGAUUUUUGCUAUAAAUACGCAGUUGCAUGUAAUCCGGCCUCUAAUCACUUCCAUGGCAUUUCUUUUCUCUCAUGAAAAUAAUACAAUUUAAGUCGAGAACAGGUGAUCUUGGUUUUUGUAAACAAGCAAUAAAAGCAGGAGGUUUCUAAUCGGAGCGUCAUUCAGCACUGAACACGUUGCAUGGUUUAUGUGCAUACUGGCGCAGAACUUUGCGCUCUUUCCCUGCUGCUGACGUAGUCCUCAGCGCAGUAAAUAUCCCGCUGUUAUUCGUCUCAUGUUGUUCUUUGUGGUGUUCCGUAAUGUGUCAUAUCACGCUGGUAAAAAUAAAUAAAUGUUACGUUUAUUUUUCUAUACUGUAUUUAUAAAAUAGUCAUCCCCGUGCAUGCGAAGUUAUUGUUUAGCGUCGCUCCUGGUGCAAACAAUGUAAAGUUAAAAAAAAAAAGCUUUAUAUAAAAAUUCAGCUGGCCUCCUGGUUUUAAAAACGAAAACAGAAGAAUAAAGUCCUUUGAUUUACGACGUGA